UUAUUUUGUGAAAUACAGUUCGAACUUUAUCUGAUCGUAUGUAUGUUUACUUUAAAAAGAUUUUGAAGUUGCCCAAAAGAAGCGUCUGUAAGACGUAGAUUGUCAAAAGCAAUGGCGUUAACAAGAAAGGGAAACGUGAGGCUCCCUCCAGAGGUCAACCGAAUCCUGUAUGUUCGAAAUUUACCAUACAAAAUUACAGCUGAGGAAAUGUAUGAUAUUUUUGGAAAGUAUGGAGCUAUAAGACAAAUACGGGUGGGAAAUACAACCGAGACCAAAGGAACAGCAUUUGUUGUGUAUGAGGACAUUUUUGAUGCCAAGAAUGCUUGUGAUCACCUGUCUGGAUUCAAUGUCUGUAACAGAUACCUGGUAGUUCUCUACUUUCAGCCUAACAAGGCAUUCAAGAAAACAGAUGAUACAAAAAAGAAAGACGAUAUAGAAAAGAUGAAACAGAAAUAUGGACUUUCAACACCCGAGAAGAAGUGACACGAAUAUUUACCAUUUUGACUUUUUCAUCCUCACAAUACAUGGAUAUCGUAAAUCACGGAGACGGCUUGGUGUACAUCUGAACAUAAAUAACUGUAAAUCAUUGCUCAUGUAGCAACUCAGUCAUGUGAAUAUCUCAUGCCAUCCAGGCCCUCUGUGAAUCAAUUCUACGCUUUUCUGUGUACAUGUAUGGUACCUAUUAUUUUACACUUUUACUAUGUUUUAAUGUUGGCUGAGGUAGAUGUAGAGAAACAGGCCAGUCUCCACAUUCUGCACGAUUUGUUUGUAUACAUGUUUAUUAAAGUGAAAAGACAAAAAAAAUAUGUUUUGGAUGGCCAGUUUUUUUAAGGGCAGCUUGCAGUCAAGUUUAUUUCACAUUUGAAAGUGAUUGCAAUUGUUCCUAAACUUGUACAAUGAAGCAAUUGUAGAUGAAAAUGAA